AUGUCUGAUCCAUCACCAGCAUUAGAACCAUUUGAUAUCGCCACAGUAGCAGCCGGUGUGAAUGCAAAAGACCCUUUUGCUGGUCUUUCAAAAGAUUGUCAAGCUGCACUCAACAAAAUUAUCCAAUCAAACCUUAUGACUUGUUUACCAAUGGAUGCAAUAAUUAAAUUAAUGGGACAACCAGCUUUACUUGCCGAACUUCAAAAAGAUCCACUUCAUGCUCUUCCCAAACUUAAACCAACCUUUGAUGAUGCCUGCUCAGUAACGAAAUGCAAAGAUGCUGAUGUUCAAAAUGCUGCAGCAACAGUAUUAGGUGGAUGUGCAACUGACUUGGCUGCCAAAGUACCAAUUGCCGAGCUUAUAUUCGCAGGGCUUGUUAUUUACACACCAGCAAUAGAUAUUAUUUGCUUCAAAGAUCAUGCAGCCGAUUAUUGCCUCUUCGAAACAGAUGCCAUUCUCCUCUCAUUACCACCACCGCCACCAGGACUCGUAAUCCCAGGUUUAGAGAAAGCUCCUCCUCUUCUUGCAUCAGUUGCGAUUACAGCACCAAGUAAUGUAUGCACACCAUGUAACAAGGCUAUUAUCAACACUUUCUUUGAUUACUACAAAAAGACACCAAUAUUUGAGCAAGUAUUGGCAUCUAUUGGUUAUGAUGACAAGAAAAAUGGUUUUCUAAAAAUGUACGAAGAAAACAACAGUUCUCCUGUCACUUUGUUAACUCAAGCUUUUCAUUUACCGUCUCAAUUCAAUACUCUAACUACUUCCUCAUCAACCACAACCUCCAACACCGCCAACACAACUUCUGCGCCAACAAUCACAGCCAACAACACGUCAAUAUCUAUAUCACCACCAUCACCAUCAACUGAUACUAACAUUCCUACUUAUUACGAUCAAAACAAUUACGAAGAUCACAUUCUUCAUAAUCCUUGUUUUAACAUGACUACUACUCCAACUAUACAUGUGCCACCACCAGCAGCAACAUCAAAUACAACAUUUGAUGGUAAUGACUUAUUUAUCGGUGGUAAAGGAGUGGUAGUUAGAGGAAAUGACGAUGGUAUUGUUGAUUGGUCAAAUAAUAAUGACUUAUUUGCUCUGCCGCAAAAUUUUGUUGAUAAAGAUCCUGCUGCCAAUUGGUUAAUCUCUCAAACAACAAACAAUAGUAAUGACAAUGGUAAUACUUUGUCAACUAACGACAUUCAUACUUUGUUAAAAUUACAACAAUUAAAUCAUGCUCGUACUCAACUUCACUAUAAUGAAAAUAAUGAUAAUGACAAUAAUAAUGACCCUAAUAAUGAUUUGAUAAAUGCACACCAAUUUCAACAAUAUCUUCAACAGCAAUUACAACAAUUACACAAUCAGCAACAAAACAAUGAAAUUAUUAGCAAUGAUCAAAAUAACCUCAUCCAACGAAAUCCAAAGCAUUCACAAGCUAGUCCUCCAAUGUCGUCCGAAGAAUAUCAACGUAAAUUGAAUGAAGAACUGGAAAAGGUUGAUUUUGAAGAUAUCACUGUCAGUGAGCUCAAAGAAAUGUUGAGGCAACGUGGUAAACCUGCAACUGGUAAAAAAGCUGUUCUUAUGCAAAGGCUUCAAGAAGAAAUUGAAUUGCAGCAGCAAUUACAUCAAUUACAUCAAUUACAAGAAAGACCACCAUCAUCAACACCUGCAAUAACUACAGAAUUCAUCGAAUCGUAUGAUUAUAUAAGUUCAAUGUCAAUGAAUCCUGCUGCUGGUGUUAAUACAAAUGAUACGAGCACAAUGGCAAUAAAUCCUCAAAUGCUAAGGAUCAAUUCAUCUUCAUCUUCACCAGGUGUUGAAAAUAUAAAACAAGAGCCAAUUUCUUGUGCUCCUCUAUCAACUAAAACUUCAAUGUCGAGUAUGCAUGGUGAUGACACAUAUCAAUAUCAAGAAAACGUACAUGACCAACAAGUAAUGAUCAUCAAAGCUGAAGAUAAUUUAAAUUUCCUAAAUUAUUCACCAGUAACAAAUCCUAUUCCACAUAAUGAUCAUUAUCAACAAUCAACUCAACAUGUACCAAUGCAAAUUGAACUUCAACAAGAUGGAUUGACAUUUGGUGGUGAUAAUAAUUGGUAA